CGUCGUCGUCGUCGUGCUCGCCGUUGUCCUCGUCGUCAACGUCUUCGUCUUCGUCUUCGUCGUCAUCGUCAUCGUCGUCAUCGUCGUCGUCUAGGGAAAGGUGGAAAGAAACAAGGAGUCCCGCUGAGCGCGCGCGCGGCCCUGUUGUUCGUCAUUGUAUGCGGGAUAAAUACUUAUUUAACGGUGGAUUGGUACGCAGGAUAUGAGCAGUUUGUCAAGCGCAACCUGACUCUGCUCCCUCAUCAGCAAGCUCAGCCGCAGCAGCAGCAGCAGCCGCCGCAGCAGCAGCAGCAUCAUCAUCAUCAUCAUCAUCAGCAGCACCAGCAGCACCAACAGCAGUCGCAGCAACAACAGGAGUUACAGCCGCAGCAGCUGGCUCAGCCGCAGCAAAACAUAAUGACCUCUAUGUUUGACCAACAGAUUAAGAGCGAGCCAAUGGGCUUUUAUUCUGUUGCUUCUAGUCGGUCAGAUGGGUCUAAUUCUAUGGUUAAUUUGUCAGACGACAGGGAAGACCUUUCGCAACAGGAAGGACAUUUGCAAUCUCAACAACAGACGUCAUUGCAGCUGAGCCAACAGCAACAGAGCCAACAACAGAGUCAACAGCAGAAUCAACAACAGAGUCAACAAUCGCAGCAGAAUCAACAGCAGAGUCAAAACAUGCCACAAGACAGUCCUGGUCGUCAGUCUACUGGUCAGCAAACCAGCAAGGAAGGCUCCAGAUCUAAACCGCAGCCUUGUAAAGUUUGCGGCAAGGUCUUAUCUUCGGCGUCCUCCUAUUACGUACACAUGAAACUUCAUUCGGGUAACAAGCCAUACCACUGUACUGUGUGCGAAGCAAGCUUCUGUCGUAAGCCUUACUUGGAGGUACACAUGAGAACUCAUACAGGCGAACGGCCGUUUCAAUGCGAGCUAUGUUUGAAAAGGUUCACGCAAAAGAGCAGUUUGAAUACUCACAAGCGCGUGCAUACGGGCGAACGGCCGUACGCCUGCGACAUCUGUCAAAAACGUUUCGCGGUAAAGAGCUACGUUACGGCGCAUCGUUGGAGCCACGUCGCUGAGAAGCCUUUGGUCUGUGACAGGUGUUCCCUGACAUUUACGUCCAAGAGUCAAUUCGCCAUACACAUUCGUACGCAUACGGCGGGCGCCACUUACGAUUGUAAUAUUUGCGGGCGUACCUUUGUACGGGAUAGCUACUUGAUAAGGCAUCACAAUCGGGUUCAUCGGGACAUGGGCCAAAGCGGCUCAAAUCACAAUCCGUCGACGCCACAGAGUACAGCAGGAGGCGCCUCAGGUACCGGCUUCGAAAGUCCGGUAUGCGAUCUGCGUUACAACGAGGGACCAUCGUCGUUGGACGGUCUACCCGGUGGGAAGGGUGGUGGUAUCGCAGCUGAGAUCGCUAGCUUAGCCAAGCAAAACAGUCUACAGCUUCCUCUACCGUUACUGCAUCCGCAGACAACCAACUAGUGUUUAGACGGCAGCGUGUCACGUUCCCUGCCGCAAUCCCUGUCGCAGCAACGAUCACCGUCGUCGCAGCAAGUAGUAUGUCCACCCACCUCGGCUACAACGCCGUUCACACUUCAUUCACGCGAGCACGCCGUCACCACCACCACCACUACUACCACACCAUCACCACCACCACCAUCACAACCUCUACCACUACUACCACAACCAUCACCACUAUCAUCAACGCAGAGUGUCUACCAAACAACGGGUUCCUCCUCGGCUUCUCCUAUGGGUAGCCCCGAUUCCCAACUCUAUCCUCACUUGUCGACCCCCAUUGAUUCGCCGGAGUCGCAUCAUCGAGCGCAUCAUCAUCAUCAUCAUCAUCAUCAUCAUCAAUCGCAUCAUCAUCAUCAUCAUCAUCGUGGUAUUCCUCCGCCAGGGCUUCACCCUGCGCUAUAUCUAUACGCCCAGUACUCCAAUUCGAGUCCCACAAUUUCCUCUUAUCACGAAUACAGUCACCGCAACAACGACUGAAUUCUCUAUUAAAUAAACACACGCGAAACGAUUAUUAUUAUUAUUAUUAUCAUUAUUAUUAUUAUUAUUAUUAUUAUUAUUAUUAUUAUUAUUAUUAUUAUUAUUAUUAUUAUUAUUAUUAUUAUUAUUAAACGCUAGCAUCCAUGAAUUAUUAAUCGUGAAUCUAGAUUUUCGCGAGAAAUAGAACAACAAUUUUUCAAUGGUAAAGUCCUUCGACGAGCAUAAAUAAUAACGUAAAUAUCACGUAGUAGAUUCAUAAUUAAAUGGUGGUACACUGAAAUCCAACGGUGCCCCCUUCCUCUCCCCUUCCCCUUCACCCUUCCCUCGCCCCCUAUUCUACGAACACGACAAAGUGCCUACGAAAAAAGCAUCCCCUUUCUGGAUCGCGAUAUAUGGAUGCUUUUACUUUCUAACAAGUAAACACACAAACAACAACAACAACAACAACAA